CCACGGGGGAAGGGGCAUCGCCCGCGGCCGCGGCGCCGGGGCCGUGCAUGGAAGCGAGCUGGGUGCCGGCUGCCAUGGCUCUGGGGCUCUCCUCCAAGAAGGCUUCCUCCAGGAACAUCGCCGUGGAGAGGAAAAACCUCAUCACCGUCUGCAGGUUCUCGGUGAAGACCCUUCUGGAGAAGUACACGGCAGAUCCCAUCGACGACUCCUCCGAGGAGUUCGUUAACUUCGCCGCCAUCCUCGAGCAGAUCCUCAGCCACCGCUUCAAAGGCCCCGUCAGCUGGUUCAGCUCUGAUGGACAGCGCGGGUUUUGGGAUUACAUCCGCCUGGCCUGCAGCAAGGUGCCCAACAACUGCGUCAGCAGCAUCGAGAACAUGGAGAACAUCAGCACCUCCAGGGCCAAGGGCCGGGCGUGGAUCCGCGUGGCGCUGAUGGAGAAGCGAAUGUCCGAGUACAUCUCCACGGCCCUGCGGGACACUCGCACCACCAGGCGGUUCUACGACGACGGGGCCAUCAUGCUGCGGGAGGAGUCCACGGUGCUCACGGGGAUGCUCAUCGGGCUCAGCGCCAUCGACUUCAGCUUCUGCCUCAAGGGAGAGGUGAUGGACGGUAAAACGCCCGUGGUCAUCGACUACACGCCCUACCUGAAGUUCACGCAGAGCUAUGACUACCUGAGCGAGGAGGAGGAGCGGGGCAGUGUGGAGAGCAGCACGAGCGAGGACAGCUCACCUGAGCACCCCUACCUGCCCCUGGUCACCGACGAGGACAGCUGGUACAACAAGUGGCGCAAGAUGGAGCAGAAAUUCCGCAUUGUUUAUGCCCAGAAGGGGUACCUGGAGGAGCUGGUGAGGCUGCGGGAGUCGCAGCUGAAGGACCUGGAGGCGGAGAACAAGCGGCUGAAGCUCCGGCUGGAGGAGGUGAUGGUGCAGAACCAGCUGGAGAAGAGGGAGCUGGAGGGCGUCAUCCUGGAGCUGCAGGAGCAGCUGACGGGGCUGAUCCCCUGCGAGAACCCACAGCUGGCCCAGCUCUCCAAGGAGAUGGUGACGCCCCUGGUCAACCAGUGGCCCUCCCUGGGGACCCUCAAUGGCAACGAGAGCGGCUCGGACAGCAAACUGUACAGAAGGCACAGCUUCGUGAGCACCGACCAGCUCUCGGCCGAGAACAGCCUCAGCUCCGACUCCCAGCGCCUGGGCGAGGGCAAGCGCGAAGGGGAGCCCUGGGGGCCCUUGGGGAAGGACCCCACGCCCUCCAUGCUGGGGCUCUGCGGCUCCCUGGCCUCCCUGCCCAGCUGCAAGUCCCUGGCCAGCCUCAAGUCCAACGAGUGCCUGGUGAGCGACAGCACGGAAGCCAGCCCGACCCGCAGCCCCAGCUGAGACCCCCGGCCCCCGCGCCGCCCCCCGGCCCCGCCUGACGGCGCAGGACUGACCGAGCUCGGCCCCCCUCGCACCCCGGGCACCGCGAGGGACUCGCCGCGGAUCCCACCGGGGAGGCUGGGGACGGGCAGCCCCCUCCCCACCGGGACACCCCACCCUGGACCCCGGCUGGAGACACGGACCUGCUGGGAUGGGGGCGCAGGACUGGGGGAACGGACUGUGCCACGGUGGGGGGACAGUGGCAGUGACAGCUGCUGGGGAGCGAGGGGGGAUCGGGCCAGGCCCCUCCCAGGGUGGGGGUCUGUCGGGGCCCCUCUGUCCGUCCUGCUCAGCCCCUGGUGCCCACCUGGCCUCCCCCAGCUCCCCUGCACUGUGGGGGCCGCCUGCCCCCCUUGCAGCAGCAUCCCCACUACAGGGGGAGGACUCUUCUUCCCCCUUCCUCCCCGUCCUCCCCCGGGUUUUGAGUUGUUUUGGGUGAUUUUGGUUUUUAUUUCUGCCCCAUCUGCCUUGUUGGAGCAAAAGGAAUCAAUAAACGCAGCAAGCAGA